CAGAUUCUCAUUUAACAUUGGGUUAAUUGAUGAGCACAUGAGUAAUAUGGUCCUGGGGGAAUCUACAGGGUUUGCCAACUUUUUUGUUCCAAUGUCAGGUGAAUUCGGUGUGCUUGGCUGGAACAAGAGCCUGGGUCCUCCAGGACCAGAAUUGAAGCCUGCAAUCCCUACUUUUAUUAGGUUAAGAGAUUUUCUCACCAUGGCCCCACCACCACACUACUAAGCAGCUGGUGUAAAAGUGGGAUAGUGCAGUUCUGUACCCCUUCGAUUGUAUGGCAAUAUGCAUCCCGCCCUUCCCUCCAACUGCUAGCCAUAACCUGAAGCGACGCGAAAAAUAAAUUAAUAAUACAAACUGGGGUGCAUUUUGUCGCAGAUGCCGCGGUCUGUUUUUGUUAAGAAUACUAGACUGUUUGUAAUAGGGUUUUGGUGUUCCCUGGAAUAUUGUGAUUGGAAUGAACACCGAAAAGACGCAUUGAUAUCAUCGACUCGAGUGACCUGGAUGUGAAAUCUAAAUAGGCCGUAUAUUGGUCUUAUUUUGACAGCACAGGAUAAAAAAUAAAAAAACAUUGCGAAAGCCAGAGGGUGAUGAUUGGAGUUGUUAGUUAGCGAACACAUCGUCAGAACUUGAGUCCAUCGUUUGUUACAACCGGCAUUGCGAGACUAAUGGUUGACAUGGUCAGGCGUGCGAUGUCAGCCAGCUAGCUGGAAUGGAAAAUAAGAACUGUCAUGAUUUUAGCCAAGUAGUGUCAUGAUUUUAGCCAGUUAGCUAGCUUACCUGACUAACGGGUAGAAGAGAGCUAGCUAGCCAUGUAUUUCAAACGGUAAUACUCAUAGCUUCUUGCUAAUUGCGUUAGCUACGUUGCUAGAUACCCGUUUUAUCCUGUAGAAUAUCGCUAGCUUGCGUUUUUUUUUUGUGCACGUGUACUUCCACGUUUCUUCCCGCUGUAAAUCACAAGUUUUCUGUAACGGGAAACACUGACAGCUGGCCAGCAAGUUGCUAGGUAACAUCAUUAGCUUGCUAGCAGCUAGCUAUAGAAAAACAAUGGCUCAAGAGGCGUUUCCUUUACAUUUUCUGGUUUGGAACAACCAAUACAUUGAGCUUGAACGGGAACUACAGCAAAACGAGGAGAAUGUGGAGCGUUUAGAUCCGCGGGGGCGCACCCCGCUAGAGCUGGCAGUGUGUCUGGGCCACCUUGAAUCAACCCGUGUGCUGCUCCGACACUGCGCAGACCCGACGCACUGCAACGCGCAGAGUUGGACUAUUUUGCAGGAGGCAGUGAGCACAGGGGACCCCGAGCUUUGUCAGCUGGUGCUGCAGUACAGGGACUUCAAGCGAGCCACAGAGAGACUGGCUGGCAUCCCAGAACUGCUCAACAAGCUAAGACAGGCCCGGGAUUUUUACGUGGAGAUGAAAUGGGAGUUCACCAGUUGGGUACCCCUGGUCUCCAAGGUGUGUCCCAGUGAUGUGUACCGUGUGUGGAAGAGUGGCUCGUGUCUGCGGGUUGACACCACUCUGCUGGGCUUCGAGCACAUGACCUGGCUCAAGGGGCGUCGCAGCUACAUCUUUAAGGGCGAAGAGAAUGGUGCCAUGGUGAUGGAGGUGGACCACGACAAGCAGGUAGUGUACACCGAGCCUCUGUCUCUCUCCCCGCGGGAUGCCCCAUCUCUCCUGGCUGCCAUGCUGCCCACCCAGGAGAACACUGCCCAGAGACUCACCUCUCCCAUCGUCUCCACACACCUCAACACACGCAACAUCGCCUUCGAGAGGAACAAGUCUGGCAUUUGGGGCUGGCGCUCUGAGAAGAGUGAGGCAGUCAGCGGCUACGAAGCAAAGGUAUACAGCGCCACUAAUGUGGAGUUGGUGACUCGGUCAAGAACAGAGCACCUGUCGGACCAGGACAAGUCCAAGAGCAAAGGCACCAAGACUCCUCUUCAGUCCUUCCUGGGGAUAGCUGAGCAGCAUACCGCUCAUAAUGGGAGUAAUGUGUGUCAGUAUGCCAGCCCCCAUAACCCCACAGCCAUCACAGCUGAGGAAUACUUUGACCCAGAGUUCCAACUCAACGAACGAGACAUCGGACGCCCUGUGGAGCUCACCAGCAAGGUCCAGAGGUUUAAGGCCCAUCUGUGGUUGAGUGAGGCUCACCCUCUGUCAUUGGCUGAGCAGGUCACGCCCAUCAUUGACCUAAUGGCCAUCUCUAACGCCCACUUUGCCAAACUACGUGAUUUCAUCACCCUGAGCCUGCCCCCCGGCUUCCCUGUCAAAAUAGAGAUCCCUCUGUUCCAUGUGUUGAAUGCUAGAGUGACCUUCAGUAACCUGUGUGGCUGUGAUGAGCCUGUCAGCUCUGUCACUGUACACACACCAGAGGAGGCCCCCGAGGCUGGGCAGGCCCCCCCUCCCUUUCACUGCGAGGUGGACCCCUCUGUUUUUCAACCACCCCCGGACUACACCACUCUUGGUCCGGGCCGUAGCGAGCCAAUGAGAGAUGAGGAUGAUAACUUGCUGCAGUUUGCCAUCCAGCAGAGCCUAUUGGAUGCAGGGACAGAAAGCGACCAGGUGACUAUAUGGGAAGCUCUGACUAACAGUCGUCCUGUUUCUGGGCACAUACAGUCACCACUGUAUGAGGACGACUCUCAGCUGGAGAGGGUGAUCCAGGAGUCCAUGUCGAUCUCAUUGGCUGGUGGUGAGGAAGGAGAUCCCGCAUCUCCCCUGUCAGUCUCUCCGUCGGACCCCGGAGCCAACUCCCCUCCCUCCUACAGCUCAGUGGCUGAGCCCCGGAUGCCGGGAGCGUUUUCCGUGGUGAACAGCUUUGACGAGCAGCUACGCAUCGCCAUGGAACUCUCGUGCAGGGAGCAGGAAAAAAUGGACAGGGUGAGGCAGCAGGAAGCGGAGGAGCUGGAGAGGAUCCUUCAGCUUUCGCUCUUAGAGAAGUAGCCACGGCGACGGCAGAGGAUUGAGGAACAAACGUGUUAAUUUAUAGCUUUUUUUUUUUAUCCUGCAAUGUUAAAUUAUUUUAUUGUUCAUUUGUUUAUUUGAUGAUGUCUUACUGGGGCACUGAAAUAGUACGGGUACAGUAUUCAGGGAUGGAGGGAGUUAGACAUGGUACUGGCCGCAAGGUGGGUAAAAGCAAUAGGGUGGAAACUGCUUUGUGGGCAAUUGCCAUAUUUGCUGUCGCCUGUCCAGUGGGAAUGAGAGGGGGAGAGGUUGUCAAACUAGCACUGAGGCUCUGAGAGCAGAUACUUUUGGAUGGAUGAAGAGGUAAACGUUGACAUUGCAUUUUGCUUUCUUUUUCACAACCCUGCUGUCAUUAUUUUGAGUGAUAAAAAUCCUUUAACCUUUGACCUAUGAUACAAAAAAAUGCUUAUAUUAGAUAAUUAUUGAAAAAAAUGAUGUUAUAGUGUUUGAAACAGAAUUAUGUUGGUUGACUCUUGCGCGUGACUUGGAAAAUACAUUUACUCAAUGUCCCUGAA